AUGAAGGCGUUCUGCUUGUGUCUCAGCCUCCUCUUUUUAGGCUUUGUGAGUUCAGACACCAGUUUUGUGUACAAUGGCUUCCUUAAAGCAGAUUUGAGCUUGGAUGGAGCAUCCCAGCUGAGAUCCAAUGGUAUACUCUCCUUAACCAAUGAUUCUGUAAGGCUCAUAGGCCAUGCUUUCUAUCCAUCUCCCAUACAUUUCAAGAGAAGCAAAGACCACAGGUCAUGGGUCGUCACAUUUAGCACCAACUUUGUCUUCUCCAUGGCUCCCAAGUAUCCUGGCCUCGGAGGUCAUGGUCUGGCCUUUGUUCUCUUGUCCACCAAGGCGCCCAUGGGUUGUCUUCCAAACCAGUACCUGGGACUCCCAAAUGUUACUAGCAAUGCAGAUUUCUCGACUCGGGUGCUUGCCGUCGAGUUUGAUGCUGUCCAAAAUCUUGAGCUCAUGGAUAUCAAUGAUAACCAUGUAGGAAUAGAUAUAUCCAGCUUGAUCUCUAAUGUUUCUAAGCCAGCUGCUUAUUAUUUCACCAACAACAGCAAUAACUCCAUUGCUUUCAAGAGUGGAGAUCCUAUUCAGGCCUGGAUUGAGUACAAUAGCCAGGAGCAGUUGAUGAAUGUUACCAUUUCUCCUCUUGGCAUUCCCAAGUCGUUUCGGCCAUUGAUAUCGUUCCCCAUUGACCUGUCAAUGGUGCUGAACGAAUACAUGUACAUUGGCUUCUCAGCUUCCACUGGCCUGCUCACAGCCGCUCAUAACGUGCAUGGUUGGAGCUUCAGGAUUGGAGGAAGGGCAGCAGACUUGGAUCCUCUCCGGCUCCCAUCUCCAGUGACAAGGUCCCGAAAGGUUCUGCAUCAAAGGGGACUCACCCUAGGUAUCAUUUUAGCUAGUGCUACUCUAGUUAUCUUGGUGAUUUCUGGCACUGCUCAUGUCGUACAUAGGAUUAGGAACAAGGAGGAAGUCUUAGAAGAAUGGGAAGUUGAAUAUGGAGCUCACAGAUUCAAGUAUUCUGAUCUCUUCUCUGCUACUAGGGGGUUUAGAGAGAAAAAUCUAAUUGGGUCUGGAGGAUUUGGGAGAGUCUACAAGGGGAUAAUCCCCAGAACAGGGCUAGAAGUUGCAAUAAAGAGGGUUGCUCAUGACUCCCGACAAGGAAUGAAAGAAUUUGUUGCAGAAAUAAUAAGCAUGGGACGACUUAGGCACCGAAACUUGGUGCAGUUACAUGGAUGGUGCCGAAGGCAAGAUGAGCUUAUCCUUGUUUAUGACUAUGUACCAAAUGGAAGCCUGGACAAGAUCCUGUUUGAUGACCAACAGAAAAAGAAAAUACUGACUUGGGAGCAAAGAUACAAGAUCCUCAUUGGUGUUUCACAAGCUUUGCUCUAUCUCCAUGAAGAAUGUGAUCAAAGAGUGGUUCACAGAGAUGUGAAGCCGAGCAAUGUUCUCAUAGACGCAGAACUCAAUGCCAGGCUUGGGGAUUUUGGCCUGGCCAGGAUGUACAAACAUGGAAACAAUCCAGAGACGACUCACAUUGUAGGAACACUUGGGUACCUAGCCCCUGAGCUCACUAGAAUUGGGAAGGCCACAACAAGCAUAGAUGUGUAUGCUUAUGGUGUGCUCAUGCUAGAAGUAGCUACAGGAAGGAGGCCAAUUGAGCCCCAGAGGAAUGCCCAGGAACUGGUAUUGAUGGACUGGGUAAGGGAGCUACAUUCCAGAGGAGAGAUCCUGAGUGUCAUCGAUCCCACGUUGGAUGAGUACAACCCAGAUGAAGCCAAGCUUGUUCUUAGUCUUGGCCUGCUUUGCUCUCAUCCCCAUCCUGAUUACAGGCCAGAUAUAAGAAGGGUUAUCCAAUACCUCCUGAAGGAUGUUUGCCUUCCUGAGCUACCUCCUGAUGUUCACCUAGAAGUUCCAGGGACAAUGAUAGAAUUCUCAGAUACUUACCCUGAUGCAUGA